CUGUGGGUUGUGUUUGAUAAUUACCUGUGUAUUUGUCAAAUGGGCCUUUUCAAUAUAUAUAACUAUUGUCUUGGGACUAAAGGAAAUUUGAUUUCUCAUAAUGUCAAAAUUACAAAGAGAUUUCUGUGGGGUUACCUGAAUUCAGUAUUUAACAGAGUUGACGAAGAUCGUCUGAAACAAGUUGGUCCUGACCGAGCAUGUGCCGAGUGGCUGCUUCGUUGUGGGGCCAGCAUCAAGUGGAAAGGACUGAAUCACUUUGAGAAAGAUUAUAACUCUUUACCAGGCAGCAACUUUGACAAGUACAAAAUAGAAGAGAUUGAUGCAUCAAAGUCGGCAGUCAUGGGGAUCGGAUUUCCACAUCUCAAUGGACUAAAACAUGUAAGAAAAAUCAUCUUGCAUGACUGUAACUAUUUAUAUGAUGAUGCCUUGUCUUAUCUGCCGCUGGUGAAGGAAACGCUAAACAGUUUGCAAAUCAGUAGCUGUGGUGACAUCAGUGAUGAAGGGCUUGCUCAUGUUUGCCAGCUUAGUAAUCUGAAGGUUCUUCUGAUGUACGAUUUACCAGAAGUAAGGAAUAAAUCCACAGUUUUGAAAAAACUUCAGGGAAGUCUUCCAAAAUGUAACAUUGACUACUUUGAUGCCACGAGAGAGAAGUAAAAAGACACUUUUCAAAAGUGUUUUGUGAAUGUGAAUGAGUGAAACUUUGAUGAUUUUUUAAAAUAUGCAUACAUUGUGUAUGUGUAUAUAAACUGCAAUAAAUUCAGCUAUAUAAUUUG